GCUCCGUCGUCCACUUCACUCCCCUCGCUCCGCAACCCACCUCACCUCACCUCAUACGGUUCCAAGAUUCCACUUCUUUCGUCUCCAUUCAGCCAGUGACAGUCAGCGUGUCCCGGUCCCCAUCAGGCACAGAAGUUGCUGCGAGCCUGCGACCCAGCGCCUACUUUUAUACAGAACCUCAGUGGACCAGUGGACGGUACCUUUGGUGCCCGUUCGCCAUCGCAAGUACUCAGGUACCUAGGUAAGUAUCUCUCGUCCCAAAUUCCGUACGGUCUAUACCUACCUUACCUUAAGGCUCCAUUUAUGCUUGGAUCGAUUACCGCCGCUGCUUGCUAAUUAAGACCAAGACCAAGGCUAAACCGUUCCCCUCUGUCUUGCACGCCUUCCCGGUUCACUCCCCGACUCGAAAAGUCUCGAGACACGGCUGUCACUGCGACUGUACUUGUAGUUUUGCUGCCAUCUACACCGUUCUCGCCGGUACUACUGGCCCCUCCACACACCUCAGUAUACCUUGCCCACCAAAGCCUUAUCACCUCCAGCUUGAGGACCGUAGACUCACUCUUAAGAGACUGAGAGUUGGUAGGCAGACAGACCACCACCACCACCACUACCGCUACCACACAGCCGUCGCCGCCGCCGCGUGCGUACCUCUCCCGCCGUCCACUCCACGUCUCGAGCACAAGUCCAAGGGGAGACAGCAUCGCAUUGUGCCCGUACCGAGUUUUUCCUCCUCACACACCCUCUAUUCAUACCCUCUUUUUUCCCUUCCUUUCCCUUUCUUCGACGUUUUAGACUUUUUAGGGUGUAUCAUGGAUAGCAGCCAGAGCACGACUAUUUCCAACGGCACCUCCCAACGUCGCAGGCUCACCAAGAAGCCACCCUCGUCCUACCAGCAACACACCCGUUCCUCGAGCGGUCUCGAUGGUGGCAUCGACGCCCUCUCUCUCCAGAGCAAACGCAGCUCUACAUCGCUGAAGCGCGCUCCUUCCGCUCCACCAGCCCGGACGACGCCCUCAAACGCACCAGCAGCUGCUUAUUCCUCUGCCUCUGCUUCUGCUUCUGGCUCGGCUCAGAGUUCUGGUAUUCCUCUACCCGGCGUUGCUUCUUCUGCCGCUUCCAACAGCUCUUCGCCCCGUCACCUUCCAUCAAGUCAGACGCACCUUCCCAAUCCUUCCCCCAUUCUGCCUCAGGGCCAGUUCGCCGCCGUCGCUGGAUCUGCUGCUCCUUCCCCAACUGCCUACCACCACCCCCAGCUCCACGCCCAGGCCCAGACCUCCUCCUCCUCCACCUUCCACGCUUCUUCUGCUGCCGCUGGCGCUUCUGCUGCUGCUCACGGUCACGCCCAAACCCACGCCCACGCCUUUUCUCCUCACCACCAUCAGCUGCACUUCAAUCACCCAAACAAUUUCUACCAAAACAACAACACCAACAACAGUCCUGUAGGUAACGGUUUCGCCGUCGGCAUCGCCCACAGCACCGAUCGAUCUCUCGAUCCCGCCGCUCCCUCGCCUUUGUCGUCACAACCCCACGACGAAUUCAUCGGCGCUCCCUUUGACGGUGCUGCGGUCCUGAACCGCAUCGAGCAGACCAAGUCGCCUGUCGCCGGUCAGCAUCCUCACUUCAACACCCCCAACUACCACCGACACAACGCUCCCGCCCCGCUCAUCAAGUCAGCGACCGAUUCGCGCAUCAAGGGCCCCGCCCUGAGACAGUCCCAGAGCUUCACGAACGAUUCCUCCAUGAUGAACGAAAAAUCACAAGGCGGACGGGUGACGGAGAACUCAAUGAUCAGCCCCAAGAGAUAUUCAGACGAGGCAAAGGAGCCCCGCAUGGGCGUCCUGCGCAAGAAGUCGGGCUUCUCUGGCUUCAUGAACAGCCUCGUCGGCACCCCAAAGAAGCCAGUCAUUUCUGCGCCUGAGAACCCCGUCCAUGUCACCCACGUCGGCUACGACAGCUCGACUGGCCAGUUCACCGGUCUCCCCAAAGAAUGGCAGAGAUUAAUCAACGAGAGUGGAAUUCCCGAGAAGGAACGUAGGGAGAACCCCCAGACCAUGGUUGACAUCAUCACAUUCUACAAGGAAACGACCGAGAAGCCAGCCGAGGAUCAAGUUUUGGAGAAAUUCCACGAUGCUAGAGCGCCUGACUACCGUCAGUAUGCAAACGCGAACUCGCCGUCGGGUGCCAUGUCGCCGGGCAUGUAUCCGCCAACCACUUAUAUGGGUAUGUCACCAAUGAUCAGUCCACCUGCGAGCCCUAGGUUUCCAACUGUCAAUCAUGAAGGAUCUUUCGAAAACCCCCGCCAGCCGCCGCCCGUCCCUGGAGUUUCGGGAGGCAAAGGCUCCGGCAAGGACAUCAACCUGAUGCCCAGCCGCCCGGCCCCGAAGCCACCCGUCAGCAUGCCCUCGUCGAUGAGGUCCGCCCCCUCCAACUAUCCCGGCAAGGACUCUGGCAUUGGAAUAUCUCAGCCCGCCGAGGACCUGCCCCCGGUCGCCUAUCAGCCGCCCAAGGAGAGCAACGUUCCCAUGCUACCCGAAGAGCAUCGUGGAGAGCACCGAUCCCGAUCCCGAUCCAACUCGCGUGCUGGCGCCCCCGCCGGUUACGUGCCCCCCACGCCUAACCCGCAGACAGCUCAGGCGAACGUUUACCAGCAGCAACUCAUGCAGCAGCAGCAAGAGCAGGCCCUAGCUCAGGCCCAAGCGGCCAUGUCUGGCCAGAUCAGCCGUGCCCCGAGCAAGAGACAGCCCGCCCAGCAGCCGACACCGCCCCAGUCGCAACACCAGUACGCUCAGGGUCCCACGGCAAACGGCGGUCCCGGCCAGCGACAGCAAGUUGGUGUACCUGGCGCACCUGGUUCCAGACCCAGACACCGACCCCGCCAGAGCACCGGUAUCGAUGUUGUCGCUGCACUGAAGCGCAUCUGCUCCGACGGCGAUCCUCGCGAGGUCUAUAAGAAUUUUAAUAAGAUUGGCCAAGGCGCGUCAGGCGGUGUCUACACCGGCUACGAGCGAGGAACAAACCGUCUGGUCGCUAUCAAGCAGAUGAACCUCGAACAGCAACCCAAGAAGGAUCUCAUUAUCAACGAAAUCCUUGUCAUGAAGGACAGCUCACAUCCCAAUAUUGUCAACUUCAUUGACAGCUUCCUCUGCGGAGGUGAGCUUUGGGUUGUGAUGGAGUUCAUGGAGGGUGGCAGCCUUACUGAUGUUGUCACCUUUAACAUCAUGACCGAGGGCCAGAUUGCCUCCGUUUGCAGAGAAACACUUAAGGGCUUGCAGCACCUGCACUCAAAGGGAGUCAUCCACCGUGACAUUAAGUCUGACAACAUUCUCUUGUCAAUGGAAGGCAACAUCAAGCUGACCGAUUUCGGUUUCUGCGCAACCAUUAACGAGGCCCAAAAUAAGCGCACCACUAUGGUUGGCACGCCUUACUGGAUGGCCCCUGAAGUUGUGACGCGCAAGGAGUACGGGCGCAAGGUGGACAUCUGGUCUCUGGGCAUUAUGGCCAUUGAGAUGAUUGAGGGAGAGCCGCCAUACCUGACCGAAUCGCCUCUUAGAGCGCUGUGGUUGAUCGCUACCAACGGCACACCCCACAUCAAGGAGGAGUCCAACCUGUCAGCAGUCUUCCGGGACUUCCUGUACUUUGCCCUCAAAGUCGACCCUGAGAAGAGAGCCAGCGCGCAUGACCUCCUUAGACACGAGUUCAUGAAGGGCUGCGUUGACCUUUCUCAAUUAUCGCCAUUGGUGCGUGCCGCAAGAGAAGCUCGGCUUGCCGAGAAGGCCAGAAAGGGACAGUAGGACUCCCCUGGCUAUUCACCGAAGAACAUCUUCAAGCGGUUGAAAUAUCGACAUUAAUGACGACCUUGACGACAACAUACAUCCAAAAUGGGGCUGCCCCUUACCUGUGCAUGAAGAUACCCCAGGAAAUACUGUUGACCACGACACACGUAGCUUGAGGACGCUUUCCACCUCCGCUCUGCACAAUAACUUUACUCAUCCUUUGGUCAACCCCUUUGGCUCUCGAUAUGCUCAUGGACCCAGUGUGUGUCCGUGCCCUGGCUUAGCCGCCUUUCGACCCCCAAUCAUAACUCUACUUGCUUUCAAGAUACCACUUCAGGGCUCUGAACCAUUUUUGGCUUGGACUUUCUGACAUUUCUUCUUCUCGACGACUUGCACACGCAGCAUCAUUCGGCAUGUUGGCGACCGAGCAAUGUCCCUUUCUGUGACGGCUUUUCUCUCUUCGAUUUACAUAGAGGCGACACGAUUCUGAUCUCGGCAACCUGCCUCAAAGUCAGGCUUUGGUUGCGUAUGCGCAACUCUGUCUUCCCAUUGGAUCAAGACAUCCGCUUUGGACCAAUCAUGUUACCAAAGUCUAGUGACCAAUGUCACCCUGGAUAUCGGUUACUAAGGAGGGACGAGACGAUGAAUCGCACGAUCUGAUUUGGCCAGCGGGAAUAGGUGGUCAACUCUUUUUUUGGGGGCAGACAGGCUAACCCCUUUUUCAACCUGUCUUGUGGGGAUUUCUCUACUCUGUACAGAACACAUCCGAAGAAAAAAAAAGGAUCGAUUUUCAGAUGAGACGUCGACGGGCACUUACGAGAGGGCAUGUUCUCGGCUCUAUAGUCCCUCAUGUCUCAAGCCCACACAGGAGGGCGUUCUUUACUGGUCAUGCGCGAGUCGAUGUACCACCGUGACGGUGGCACAAUGGCUCUUCUAGACAGACUCGACUAGGUAGAGGAAUGACCCUCAGGCCCAGCAGGCCUAAGAAAGUUAAAAGCAGUGUAGCCUUGUCUUCCAGUGGUGUCGUGCAGUGUCGAGUGAUUCCAUGGUCCGGUUAUCCCAUAUACUCUGAACAUGAUGUCUCAUUUACGCUUCAGCCCCUCCUUCUACAGAACAGAACAUGGUCUUUAUGAUCCUGUCGACUUCUCCAACUCUAUAAAGCUAGUUUUCAUCCUCAUGCGACCAUGUCAUGCAGAUUGUCAGCAUUCGCAUUGAUGAGCCCUAGACUGUCAU